AGUUAAUUUCACGGUGUUAAUUUCAUGCGUGUUAAGUACAUAAAGACUCCGUGUCACACCGCAUUCCACACAUGCUUCUAUUGACUGAACAAAGCUUCAAAACAAAAGCAACUAGAAGACACAGCUGCUAAGCUGGUGUUACAGGACAAACAAGUCUUUUACCUCAGCUUUAACCGAUGGAGAACAGAUGCACAGUCGUAACAGUGCUCCAAUCAAAGCUUUUACACCAAUGCCUCAGUUGACGACGGUGGAUGUGAGGGACCUGAAAGGGUAUCGAAAGAGGGAAGAUGAGAGUGAGAUAGAGGAUGGUGUGGAAAUGGAGCAGAAACAGUGCUGGGAGAAUGGAGCCCAUCUUGGAAACAACAGGCAUGAAGCGGGAAAAGACCUUGGAUCAGAUGCCAGUUCAUCAUGUUCACAUUGGGGGCACUGUCCCAGAUGGAUUCGAUGUCUGGCUCCAGUAGCAGCAUUGUGGUUUGUGAUUCAGGAGGAGACACAUUUUCCUGAGUUUGGAGGCAGGUUGCUGCUGGCUGUGAUACUGUUUAUAGGACUUGCCUUCUACUUUGUUUCUCUACUUAAGUUCCUUUACCAAUACAGAAGGCAAUAUAAGCAGAACAAUGUCUCUGAGAAAAGUGAGAUCGUUGGGAAAAGGAUUAAUCAACCUCAUCAGACGAGUCUCAUCAGUCAGCAAGAUGCCGGUCAUUUGUUAUCCAUGGUGAGAGCUCUACUGGAUGGUUUGGUGGUCUCCAUUCUCCAGGAACCAGUUUCAGAUCCAAGAGUUUCCCAGAUACAAGGACUCAUUUCCAAAUUGGAGGCAGUAUUUGAAGUAAUAACAGUUGCAGCAAACAAUAGUGUUCCUAUUGAAGUGCAGCUGUUGCAGACCAACAAUAAUGAGGAAAAAGCAAUGAAAUCUAAAGUAGAAGACAGAGUGAAACAUAUUUGUACUUAUCUUCAAGAGAGGGUGAGUGAUCUACGUGUUCUCCUUCAGACCCAGGAUGAGUAUGGGGUAUGCCUGGCUAAUGUUCAGCAGGAGUUGCAGGAAUACUGGGAGCAGCUAGAGGAUCUGCACACAAAAGUGACCCUGCAGCCAGAAAAGUGCCAGGACCCUGAGGAUCCUCACACUGUCCUCACUGACACUGAGGGCUUGUACACAAAACUGGGCCUGUUCCAGAGUAGGAUUCAUGAGUGUCAGGUGCACCUGAGCACAAGUACACAUCUUCUUGAGGAGCUGGAAAUUAAGCAUCACUCUCUGGCUCAAACUAUGGGCCUAACAGUGAAGUCUACAUGGACAAAAGACCUUCUGCAGUGCAACACCCAGCAGUUUGAAAAAGUCUUCAAGGAUUCUGCAUCCCUCUCGCAACAGACUUUGACCUUUGUCAGGCAUCUGCAAGACCUAAGUGUGUCACAAGAGAGGAAUAGCAUUAAAACUUCUGAUGUGGAACAUGUGCAGAGCUCUUCAUCACCUCCUUCAUCACUUCCUGUGUACGGUAUUGUUCCAGUCACAGAAAAUACCCCCUCAGACCCUGAACCAAGACCCACACACACACCCAGCUCUAAAUACUCAGUGAUGAACUUGCUUUGUGGGGUGAGGCGACGGAGGUAAACAUUGUUUGUUUAACGCUUUGUAAAUGAAUGAAAGACAUCACUGUAAAAUGAAAAUGUAUAUUCUAAAUGAUUGUAAAUGAAUGUAUAAAUGCUUAAUUUAUGACUUGUUUGAAUCCCACUUGAUCUAUGGCUCAUCAGUUGAAUUGAUGCAGCCACUAGAUUUCUGUUGUAUGUAAAAGAACCAGAUAAAAUAAACUACUUGUCAACUUAU